ACGGGGGGCUGUGUCACUGUACAUUACACACGGCCCGGGUGUAGCGGUCCUUACCCGGUACCUGUGUCCUCAUACACGCGGCGGCGAUCCAUACCCCUUUGUUACUACAGGUCUCAGCGUGGGUCGCCGCCACACGCAAAGUAGUAUCAUCAUGUCUUCUCCAGCAUCCACACCAAGCCGCAGGAGAAACAAACGUGGGCGAAGCAGCAAUCCUGCGACUCCUCGCAGUGAGGAAGUUCACUCUCCUCCAUCACAAAGACGUCGGACGGAGGACUCCACAUCAAUUGGUGAACUGCUGCCUAUGCCAACUUCCCCAUCCGGUGAUCUCCAGAGCCCCAGUGGACAAGAGCUUCUGUUUUCUAGCCCGGCACCAUCGCGACACUCUGCUAUUCAAAGUGAACUUGACCUGAGCUCUCCCCUGACAUAUGGAACUCCAAGCUCUAGAGUGGAGGGCACACCUAGGAGUGGCAUCCGAGGUACACCUGCCCGGCAGCGGCCUGAUCUGGGGUCUGCACGCAAACUCAAGCAGGUGGACUUACAGUCAGAUCAGCCUGCUGCUGAGGAACUGGUUACAAAUGAACAGUCUCUGGAACAAAAGCUGGUGAUUUGGGGAACUGAUGUCAAUGUUAUUACAUGCAGGGAGAAAUUCCAGCGUUUUAUCCAGCGCUUUACUGAUCCGUUAGCCAAAGAAGCAGAUAAUGUUGGUUUGGAUCUGAAUGAGCCGAUCUACAUGCAACGACUUGAAGAGAUCAAUGUGGUUGGGGAACCGUUCUUGAAUAUUGACUGUGAUCAUCUGAGGACAUUUGACCAAGAUCUGUACAGACAGCUGGUCUGUUAUCCACAGGAAGUUAUUCCUACUUUCGAUAUGGCUGUUAAUCAGCUUUUCUUUGAUCGUUAUCCUGAUUCUAUCUUGGAGCAUCAGAUCCAAGUCAGACCUUUUAAUGCAUUAAAGACCAGGAAUAUGAGGAGUUUAAAUCCUGAAGAUAUUGAUCAGUUGAUCACAAUUGGAGGGAUGGUUAUCAGAACAUCCCAGAUUAUACCAGAGAUGCAAGAAGCUUUCUUUAAAUGUCAGGUGUGUGCCUUUACUACGAGGGUGGAGAUUGACCGUGGCCGUAUUGCGGAGCCAUCCGUCUGCAAACAUUGCAACACCACACACAGCAUGGCCCUGGUUCACAACCGCUCUAUGUUUUCAGAUAAACAAAUGAUUAAACUGCAAGAGUCUCCUGAAGAUAUGCCAGCUGGCCAGACCCCUCAUACAAUUAUUUUAUAUGCUCACAAUGACUUGGUGGAUAAGGUGCAACCUGGAGACAGGGUGAAUGUGACAGGAAUCUACAGAGCUGUCCCUAUUCGUGUAAACCCCAGAGUUCGGAAUGUUAAGGCAGUUUACAAGACUCACAUUGAUGUUAUUCAUUACCGAAAGACAGAUGCCAAGCGCCUACAUGGUAUUGAUGAGGAUAGUGAGCAGAAGUUGUUCACUGAGGAACGAGUACAAAUAUUAAAGGAGCUGGCUGCCAAGCCGGACAUCUACGAAAGGCUUGCUGCUGCUCUGGCACCAAGUAUAUAUGAACAUGAAGACAUUAAAAAGGGUAUCCUUCUGCAGCUGUUUGGUGGUACACGCAAGGAUUUCAGCCAUACUGGAAGAGGCAAUUUCCGUGCUGAAGUAAACAUCCUUCUGUGUGGUGAUCCUGGCACAAGUAAAUCUCAGCUCUUACAGUAUGUGUACAACCUGGUACCCAGAGGCCAGUACACUUCUGGCAAGGGAUCCAGUGCUGUAGGUUUAACAGCCUAUGUGACUAAGGACCCAGAAACCAGACAGCUUGUCCUGCAAACAGGUGCCCUGGUGCUAAGUGACAAUGGCAUUUGCUGCAUAGAUGAAUUUGACAAAAUGAACGAGAGCACAAGGUCUGUGCUGCAUGAAGUCAUGGAACAGCAGACCCUCUCAAUUGCCAAGGCUGGCAUUAUCUGUCAACUUAACGCGCGCACAUCUGUCUUGGCUGCUGCAAACCCAGUGGAAUCUCAGUGGAAUCCUAAGAAAACCACUAUUGAGAACAUCCAGCUCCCGCACACACUUUUGUCAAGAUUUGACCUGAUAUUCUUGAUGUUGGAUCCUCAAGAUGAGACCUACGACAGGCGCUUGGCUCACCAUCUUGUGGCCUUGUACUAUCAGAGCGAGGAGCAGAUGAAUGAAGAGCAACUGGACAUGGCAGUAUUAAAAGAUUACAUUGCCUAUGCUCGCACCUAUGUCCAUCCAAGGCUUAGUGAGGAAGCCAGCCAAGCUCUCAUUGAGGCUUAUGUAGACAUGAGGAAAAUUGGCAGUGGUCGUGGAAUGGUGUCCGCUUACCCAAGGCAAUUGGAAUCUCUGAUUCGCCUGUCUGAAGCAUAUGCCAAAGUGCGAUUCUCAAAUAAAGUUGAAACCAUAGAUGUUGAAGAGGCCAAACGUCUUCAUCGAGAGGCAUUAAAGCAGUCUGCCACAGAUCCCAGAACUGGAAUUGUAGAUAUCUCUAUUCUGACAACAGGAAUGAGUGCUACAGCUCGUAAACGCAAGGAGGAAUUAGCUCAAGCGUUGAAGAAACUUAUCCAAGCAAAGGGUAAAACGCCGGCAUUGAAAUACCAGCAACUAUUUGAGGAUCUCCGUGGACAGUCUGAUGCAGCAAUUACAAAAGACAUGUUUGAUGAAGCCUUGCAUGCUCUGGCAGAUGAGGACUACUUAACUGUGACUGGGAAGACUGUUCGGUUACUGUAAGACCUUCAGUAGUGGUGCUUGCAGCUACCACCUUAUGAUGCAGAAGAAUCCAUGCAUGGUUGAAGCUCCAAGGAGUUAGUGUGUAAAUGGGCUCAGAUUCCUUUUUAGGUGUCUUGUGAAUUUUAUUCAUAAAGUAAAAUAGUAAUUUUAUGUGCUUUGCCAUAGUUCCUCGUAUGUAACUGUUUUAAGCUACUAAGCAAAGCCCUGAGAUGCAUAAUUAUGGAAUAAAUGUAAUAUUGACAAAUUGUACACUUUGGGAAAAAAAAUGUCUGCACAUGUAACAUAUAAUAAACACAUUUGCAACUUGUA